CCAAUGAUUCUCAAGAUUCCGUUUCCAUUUCAGUUUCAUCCUCUCUCUUCCUGUACUUCCUUACUUUAUUGUCGGCAUUCACUCCAAACUUUUUCUUUAUAUAUGAAAUUGAUCUCUGAAUCUUUAACGAGAAUCUGAAUCUAAGUCAAAUAAUUUUUUUUCCAAGGAAAUGGGAUCGGAACAUGGUGACGACGGGCUUCGUCGGCGAGGCUGUUCAUGCACGAAAGAUGAUUUUCUCCCGGAGGAAUCGUUCAAAAGCAUGGGGAACUACUUUAAAGCCCUUAAAGAAACACCGAGUCGGUUCAUAGACCGUGUAAUGACUCGGUCUGACGACUCGGCGGAGAUUCAUGACAUGAAGGCACGUAGUGGUAACGAGAUGAAGAAAACGUUGACGUGGUGGGAUCUUAUGUGGUUUGGCGUCGGUGCAGUCAUCGGUUCAGGAAUAUUCGUUCUCACCGGACAAGAAGCAAGGGAACGGUCCGGUCCAGCCGUCGUGUUGUCCUUCGUUGUCUCAGGUGUCUCCGCUAUGCUCUCCGUGUUUUGUUACACCGAGUUCGCCGUCGAGAUUCCUGUCGCAGGCGGUUCUUUCGCCUACUUGAGAGUGGAGCUCGGCGACUUCAUGGCUUUCAUCGCCGCUGGAAAUAUAAUCCUCGAAUACGUAGUCGGUGGAGCAGCCGUGGCUCGGUCAUGGACCUCUUACUUCGCCACUCUCUUGAACCACAAACCUGAGGACUUCCGCAUAAUAGCUCACAGUCUCAACGAAGACUAUAGCCACUUAGACCCAAUAGCCGUUGGCGUUUGCGCGAUCAUUUGCGUUUUAGCCGUUGUUGGCAUAAAAGGCUCAUCAGUCUUCAACUACAUAGCUUCUAUGAUCCAUAUGGUCGUCAUUGCCUUCGUGAUCAUCGCUGGUUUAACUAGAGCUGACCUCAAGAACUACUCAGACUUCGCUCCGUUUGGACCUAGAGGAGUGUUUAAAUCCGCGUCGGUUCUUUUCUUUGCGUAUAUUGGAUUCGAUGCGGUAUCAACGAUGGCUGAGGAGACAAAGAACCCUGGAAGAGACAUUCCCAUUGGUCUUGUCGGCUCAAUGGUGGUUACAACGGUUUGUUAUUGUCUCAUGGCGGUUACGUUGUGUCUCAUGCAACCGUAUGGGCAGAUUGAUCCUGACGCGCCGUUUUCCGUCGCGUUCUCUGCGGUUGGAUGGGAUUGGGCUAAGUACAUUGUUGCGUUUGGUGCUCUUAAAGGUAUGACAACCGUUUUGUUAGUUGGAGCCAUUGGUCAAGCUAGGUACAUGACGCACAUCGCCCGUGCCCACAUGAUGCCACCCUGGUUAGCUCAUGUCAACGCAAAGACCGGAACACCGAUCAACGCGACAGUGGUCAUGCUGGCCGCGACAGCUCUCAUCGCAUUUUUCACUAAACUAGCAAUCUUAGCCGAUCUCUUAUCGGUUUCCACACUUUUCAUCUUCAUGUUCGUCGCGGUGGCUCUUCUUGUUAGGAGAUAUUACGUCACCGGAGAAACAUCUUCACGUGACCGGAACAAGUUCUUGAUGUUCUUAGGUUUGAUUCUUGCAUCUUCGAUCGCGACUGCUGUGUAUUGGGCUAUGGAAAAAGACGGUUGGAUUGUGUAUGCCGUGACGGUUUCUAUUUGGUUCUUGUCUACCGUUGGGAUGAAGUUUCUUGUGCCGCAAGCUAGGGCUCCGAAGCUAUGGGGUGUUCCUUUGGUUCCGUGGUUGCCUUCUGCUUCGAUAGCUAUUAAUAUCUUUCUUCUUGGUUCGAUCGAUGAAAAAUCGUUCGUUAGGUUUGGGAUCUGGACUGCUGUUCUUCUUGUUUACUACUUCUUGUUUGGGUUGCACGCAACUUACGAUACGGCGAAGGCCACACUAAAGGAGAAGUCGGCGUUGAAGAAUGCUGAGGAAGGUAGUGUUGCUGCAGAUAAGACUCUUCAUGCAACUUAAGAUCACUAGCUAGCUGGUUUUAAUAAUUGCUAAAAAGAUUGUUUUAGGCUUUCGAUUUUACUAGUUGUUGGUUUCUUCUGCUUGUGUUUUGAAAGUUCAAGUAAUGCUUCAAAAACAAGAAAGGGUGAAAGCUUUUGUGUAUUUAAACAAUAAAGAGUUCAAACAUUACGCUUU